AUGCCACUGGCUGGCUCUCAAAACCGGUUUUUCUCAGUCCCAUCGGAACUCGAGGGCUUGUCUUCUUGUCUGUCCGCGAAGGAGGACGACGCCCUGCCCAACUCUGGUACUGGCGAUGGCAAUUCACUCGUUCACUUUCCUUUCAUGAAACGUCACUCGGUCUGUCGGUCUGUCGUCUUGUUGUCCUGCGCCUACUCGGCCCUCCAUGUGGACGGGCUAGCGGCCAAUUUGGGGGUUGUUCUCGCGGGCCGGACGUCGACACAUCCACUUCAGCCGCCAGGCCGGGCGGCACCUGAUCUCCAAUCGGCUCCUCCUCAUCCGCUCCCUACCACUUCAGCCACUGUCGGGACGGCCUCAGUAGCGCCAUCGUGGGGUGUGCUCCUCACCCGAGCUGGUCGGAGGCCGAAGCGGUUGCGAAAACCAACAAAGUGGACCCCAAUCGGCCGCAUCCCCCGGGCCCUCGUGGGUUGGUACCGACUGAAGGGAGGAGGGAAAGGGCAGAAGAUGGCCUCUGCCGGGCCGGGCCAAGUGUUGCAUGCGGCUGGUCUCGGCGAACCGAAGAGAGUGGCGGGAGGCGAGUACUUAAUCCCUUUCCUGUCGCGUCCAUCUGUUUAUUUUCCCUAUCAUGUAAUGAAUAUUGCAGCUCUCUUGUACUUAAAUCCUCCAGAUGUUGCUUUGGUACCUGCACAUGAACAUCUGAACACACACACGCACCCCUCAAGGCGAUUUUAUGUAGGCUCAUUGCGUGCAAGUGUAUGUGUGUGCGAUGACAAGGAGAUGCCAGGAUGGAUCGCACUAGAAGACGACGUCAGACCCCUUUUCGCCAGCCUUGACUUCUGGAGAUUGCCUCGGGCACAAAAUCAACAAGCAUCUUCCAGUAAAGCCAAUCGGCAGCUGGUCAAGAGGAAUGCGCCAUUGUCUUCUGGUGAGCUCAACCAAAUGCUUUCGUUGUUCUAUGGAAGUGAGCUCAACACGUGUGAACUUUGCUUUGUAACUUCUAUUUCCUUUGCCUCCAUCUCGAUUGGAUGUCGCCUGGCCGACCAGAAUGCGGUAGAGUCCUCAUGCGGAUGGCCUUCUGGCGGCAGUGGCCGAAACUAUGGGCCGCCGACUUGCCGACGUUUGUCCAGAUUCUGA